AUGGCAGGCGAAACACAAUCGACCACUGAAGGCAUAGAAGUGCCGCCCGCAGAACAUGGCGUGGGCUUCCCGCCGUUCGACGCGACAACGUUUGCGUCGCAGCUGCUGUGGCUCGCCAUCACCUUCGGCGUCUUCUACUGGAUCAUGAAGAACGUGGCGAUGCCGCGGAUCGCUGGGAUCCUUGAAGACCGCAAGGACCGGAUCGCCGGUGAUCUUUCCGAGGCCAACCGCCUGAAAGACGAAACCGAUGCAGCGAUCGCAGCAUACGAGCAGGCGCUGGCCGAGGCCCGUAACAAGGCACACAGCAUUGCUCACGACACGCGUGCCAAGCUGAAGGCUGAUCACGAAGCUCGCCGCGAAAAGGCGGAAGCCGAGCUGAACGAGAAGCUGCAGGCCGCUGAAACGCAGAUCGCCGGUAUCAAGACCGAGGCACUGUCCCAGAUCGGCGAAAUUGCCGGAGACACCACGUCAGCGCUCGAGACCAUCAUGGAUGCAACAUUUUGGGCCCUGAUCGGUCUCAUCCUCUUCUUCGCCCUGAUCAUCUAUCUCAAGGUCCCGGGCAAGAUAGGCGGUUCGCUCGACGACCGCGCGGAUGGUAUCCGCAAGGAACUGGAAGAAGCACGCAAGAUGCGUGAAGAAGCCCAGGCCCUCCUGUCGGAAUACCAGCGCAAGCGCCAUGAAGCGGAAGGCGAAGCAGAAGCGAUCAUCGCGGAAGCCAACGCCGAAGCUGAGCGUCUGACGGUAGAAACCAACCAGGCACUGGAAGAGAUGAUCGCGCGCCGUACCAAGGCCGCGGAAACCAAGAUCGCCCAGGCGGAAACACAGGCAAUUGCCGAAGUCCGCGCAAAGGCAGCGGAUGUCGCGGUUGCCGCCGCCGAGGAAAUCCUGGCUUCCAAGGUCAAGGACAAGGUCGCUGACGAUAUUCUUGCCAAGAGCAUCGAUCAGGUCAAAGAACGUUUGAACUGA